UGACUGUGACAGUUAAGUUGACACGCAGCAUAACCUCACUUCUUUUUUUCGUUAUAAAAAUGUGAAUUUACAAUCAUUUUAAACAAUAAAUAUGCUUCUAAUACGUGCACUUGUUGUUGUUUUUACGUUAAAUACGGCUGCUGCGUUUGAUUCGGAACAGUUGGAAGUAUUUGAUGUUGUUGAAGAAGUCAAAGAAAAUUUUUACACUUUGCUUAAUGUUUCGCAGAGUGCCACGAAUCAAGAAAUUAAGUCAGCUUUUAGAGCCCUUUCGUUGAAGUUGCACCCUGAUAAAAACCCUCACGAAGACACGUCAGUGCAAUUUAGAAAUUUAGUUUCAGUUUAUGAAGUUCUUAGAAGCAGCACCAAGCGACAAUAUUACGAUGAAGUCCUUGUCAAUGGACUACCGAACUGGCGCUCAGCCGUUUAUUAUUAUCGCUAUGUCCGUAAAAUGGGCAUGGUGGAAGUUUGUAUAAUUUUGUUUGUGAUUGUUACUAUUGGACAGUAUAUAGUGAAUUGGGCGUCGUACUUCGAGCGAAAAUACACACUUGAACAAAUCAGGAAGUCCAAACGCCGUAAAAAAGCAGAUGAAACGUUAGAAAUGAUUGUGAUAAAACCUUCAAUAACAGACACUCUACCAAUCCAAAUACCUCGACUACUUUGGCACAUGAUCAUAUCUCUACCUAGGACUUUAGGAUUUAUUAAAACCGCAGUAGCUCAACAAAUAGAAGAAGUGACAAGGGCCCCCACACCAGAACCAGAAGAGGCACCAGUCAGAGUCAAGACUGUUCGCAAACGCAAUAAGGGUUUCGUUGUACCAGAAGGACCCAACUUUGAAACGACUUUCCAGAGCUCCAAUGACAAUUCGAGUGCUCCAGCGCCACCUCCCGUUAGUUCUGGCGGCUUGUGGACGGACGACGACUUAGCUGAAUUGGUAAAACUGGUGAAAAAGUACCCUGGUGGCACGACAGGGCGGUGGGAAAUUAUAGCUGAAGUAAUGGGAAGAUCUGUGGCUGAGGUCACAUACAUGGCAAAUAAAAUGAAAGACAGUUGUUACAAGUUACCAAAUGAACAGGAGGAGGAGCCUGUACAAGUUAAGGUGAAGCAGAAGACGAAAAAAGAAGUCGAUAUUGGCGAUGAUAGCGUGAAAAAAUGGAGUCAGGUGCACCAAAAGGCGCUCGAAGAGGCUUUAGCGAGGUACCCGAAAGGUUGUGCUGAGAGGUGGGAUAAAAUAGCAGACUGUGUUCCUAAUAAAACUAAGGACGAGUGUAUGAUGAGAUUCAGGUACCUGGCUGGAACGGUUCGAAAGCAGAAAGAGUCGUCGGAACAGCAGCCUCCAGAUUAAUAUACUGUGUUAUAAACGAAAGUAAACAAUAAUAAAAGUACAUAUUCAUGUUUA